AGAUCGCCCUCCUCCUGCGUCUCGGUCCCCAUGGCGCUGUGGCGCGGCUCCGCGUACGCAGGCUUCCUGGCACUGGCCGUGGGCUGCGUCUUCCUGCUGGAGCCGGAGUUGCCGGGCUCGGCGCUGCGCUCGCUCUGGAGCUCGCUGGGGUUUGGGCCCGCGCCCGCGUCCCCUGGACCCGUCUCCCCCGAGGGCCGGUUGGCGGCUGCCUGGGACGCGCUGAUCGUGCGGCCAGUCAGGCGCUGGCGCCGCGUGGCCGUGGGAGUCAAUGCAUGUGUCGAUGUGGUGCUCUCAGGGGUGAAGCUCUUGCAGACACUUGGCUUGAGUCCUGGGAAUGGGAAAGAUCACACUGUUCUGCAUUCAAGGAAUGAUCUGGAAGAAGCCUUCAUUCACUUCAUGGGGAAAGGAGCAGCAGCUGAGCGCUUCUUCAGUGACAAGGACGCCUUUCAUGACAUUGCCCAGGUUGCGUCAGAGUUCCCAGGAGCCACAGUAAGUCAAGAUAGGGUGGGAAAGGAUGCCUUUUUCCUGUGCUUCCUGGAAGCAACCAG